GUGACAGCCGGAUUGGGCACUGGGGAAGCAAUUGAUUUGUCUACUGCCCGCAGUCCAUAGUUGCCUACGCUGCCCGGAGAGGAAGAGAGAAAAGAGAAGAGGAGAGAGAGAGAGAGAGAGAGAGAGAGAGAGAGAGAGAGAGAGAGAGAGAGAGAGAGAGAGAGACUUACAAAACCUUCCAUCCAUGUGGAGUAGUCUGAGUGAAUCACUGCCCACCGUCUGCAGACUCCAAUUGUACUUAGUUUUCGCCUCUGCUGGGGGCACUACUGCUGAUCUUUCAAGCCAAGUCUCCAGUACUUAACAUCUCUCUGCCGGCAGGGAAGGCAAGGAGUUGGCAAGAAUUUGACUCACCCAUUCUGCUGCAAUCCUCUACUGUCCCGGUGCACCGGGAACACUGACAGAGUGCUGCCUGGGUGGAGCCUGGAAGGCAAGUCGGCUGACAGGCCCUUCAAGGACAGUCACUCAGUGCCUGGGAGGUGUGCCAGCCUUCCGCCAUGACUGAUACUGUGGUGAACCGAUGGAUGUACCCUGGUGAUGGCCCGCUUCAGUCAAAUGACAAAGAACAGCUGCAGGCAGGAUGGUCCGUCCAUCCCGGAGGGAAGACUGACAGGCAGAGGAACCAGGAAGAGCUGACAGACGAGGAGAAGGAGAUCAUCAACAGGGUGAUUGCUCGGGCAGAGAAGAUGGAGGCGAUGGAACAGGAGCGCAUUGGGCGCCUGGUGGACCGUCUGGAAAACAUGAGGAAAAAUGUGGCUGGGGAUGGUGUGAACCGCUGCAUUCUGUGUGGAGAGCAGCUGGGCAUGCUGGGAUCUGCCUGUGUCGUGUGUGAAGACUGUAAGAAGAAUGUCUGCACCAAGUGUGGGGUGAAGACCUCCAACAACCGCCCACAUCCGGUAUGGCUGUGUAAGAUCUGCCUUGAGCAGAGGGAGGUCUGGAAGCGCUCAGGAGCAUGGUUCUUCAAGGGUUUUCCCAAACAGGUUCUUCCACAGCCCAUGCCUAUAAAGAAGACCAAGCCCCAGCAGGCUGCUGGUGAGCCUGCUGCCCCAGAACAGCCUACACUUGAAUCCAGGCACACAGCCCGAACUCCAGCUCAAGGUGACAUGGAAGAGAGGAGGGCCCCAGGUCAGAAGCCAGGCCCCGAUCUCCCCUCUGCUCCUGGGCGAGGAAGCCAUGGGCCUCCCAUGCGCAGGGCCUCUGAGGCACGAAUGAGUACAACUGCCCGGGAUUCUGAGGGCUGGGAGCAUGGUCACGGUGGGGGUGCUGGAGAUGCCAGUCGGAGCCCAGCAGGUGAGCAAGGUUUGAGGCGGGCUAACUCAGUGCAGGCCUCCCGCCCUGCCCCGGCUUCAAUGUCAAGUCCGGCACCUCCUCAACCUGUGCAGCCAGAGGCCACUCUAAGCGACUCUGGUUAUCCAGGGGCUGUCGCCCCAGCCCGGGAGGAGAGGACAGGACCCGCAGGGGGCUUCCCGUCAGCUCCCCACACUACAGGCCCCUAUUCCCAGGCGGCCCCUGCCCAGCAGCCGCCACCUGCAGAGGAAGAGGAGGAAGCCAAUAGCUAUGACUCGGAUGAAGCAACCACACUGGGUGCCCUGGAAUUCAGCCUUCUCUAUGACCAGGAAAACAGCAACCUGCAGUGUACCAUCAUCAGAGCAAAGGGACUGAAGCCCAUGGACUCCAAUGGCUUAGCGGAUCCCUAUGUGAAGCUGCACCUGCUGCCUGGGGCCAGCAAGUCCAACAAACUUCGUACAAAGACCCUACGCAACACGCGGAACCCUGUGUGGAAUGAGACACUGCAGUACCAUGGCAUCACAGAGGAGGACAUGCAAAGAAAGACACUCAGGAUCUCCGUGUGUGACGAGGACAAGUUCGGCCACAAUGAGUUCAUUGGCGAGACCAGGUUCUCGCUCAAGAAGCUGAAGGCUAACCAGAGGAAAAACUUCAACAUCUGCCUGGAGCGGGUGAUCCCGAUGAAGCGUGCGGGGACCACAGGGUCAGCCCGUGGCAUGGCACUCUAUGAGGAGGAGCAGGUGGAGCGAAUUGGCGACAUAGAGGAACGUGGCAAGAUCCUGGUGUCCCUCAUGUAUAGCACACAGCAGGGCGGCCUCAUCGUGGGCAUUAUCCGCUGUGUGCACCUGGCUGCCAUGGACGCCAAUGGCUACUCAGACCCCUUCGUCAAGCUCUGGCUGAAACCAGACAUGGGGAAGAAAGCCAAGCACAAGACUCAGAUCAAAAAGAAAACCCUGAACCCCGAGUUUAAUGAGGAAUUUUUUUAUGACAUCAAACACAGCGACCUGGCCAAAAAGUCCCUGGAUAUCUCAGUAUGGGACUAUGACAUCGGCAAAUCUAACGAUUACAUCGGAGGCUGCCAGCUGGGGAUCUCAGCCAAGGGUGAGCGCUUGAAACAUUGGUAUGAAUGUCUGAAGAACAAGGACAAGAAGAUUGAACGCUGGCACCAACUGCAGAACGAGAACCACGUGUCAAGUGAUUAGGACCUAGUGCCCCAGUGUCCCUGUCUCCACCUUAGUUGCUCUCCCCUCUCAGAGCUUUCCUUGUUACCCUUGAGUCUUUGAUGUCUCCCCCACCUCAUACUGCUGCCAAAGACCUGCUCCCUGGGCUGCAGUGUCUGUAUGCGAGCCCUUUCUGGUCCCUAGGGUAGGGUGGUGGGAGUGGGGAGAUCUGACCUUGAACCCAUACAAGGUCAUUCCCUGUGUCCUGUCUACAUGUCACUUUGGGCAUUGGCAGACCCUCAGACUGUAGGGACCAGCACAGGGAUAGAAACUGUACAUUGAGGCUGCCUCUGUCCCCCCUCAAAACAUCCCAAGAGCAAACAGACCCACCCCGACUUUUAGACAUACCAGGAAAUAGACAUACAGAAUACACAGAGGGUCUGUACCUCUCUUCCAGGAAGAUGCCCAGCUGCUUCCUAAGAAGCUAACCUAACCUUUCUAACCUCCUCUGCUAUCUCUUCUUGUACCUUCUUCCUCCCUGCUCACCUUCCAGCCUACCAAUGCCCCUCACCCACCCUCCUGCCCUCCUGCCCUACUGCCUCUCUUCUCCUCUCCCCUCCACAGUGGGGGAUGCGAGAGGCAGAGCCUCCCCUCUCCUCCCUGUGCCCAUUGCCAGCCUGGUCAGCAACCUCACAAGCUGAAUAAACCUGGCUCCAUAACCCUGAAGUCACAUUUUCCAUUGGCAUGUCUGGCUGUCCUCAGCCUGGGGGCUGCAGCGGGCACAGCCUAAGUGCAUGGCAGCCUCCUCCAGCACUAUAGACACCUUGAGGUUCAGGGUCUCUUUCUCAUCCCUAGCCCCCCAAAUGGGCACAGGUGGCACAGAGCUCUGGAUCUGAGGUGACCUCCCAGGCUACACAUUUCACCCCUUUUUCUACUCUUCAGCAAUGAACAGACUCAUUGCUCCCUCUCCCACUCAGAGCCCUGCUGUUCUCUGUCUCUCUUCCCCAAGGUUCCUGGGGGCGAUCAAAUAACAAGAACUCUAAUCGGGACAGAACACUCUUGGUCUAUCACAAAUCAAGAGGAAUGUGGAGUCAGGCCAUCAUCCACGCACGAGAAGAAAGUCUAGUUUUUCCCACUUUGAUAGUCUUUCCCCCUCAGCGUCGAAGCCCUACCUCACCCCACUGUGGCCGUCAGACUAAGACUAAAAGCUCUCAUUCCCACGCACGAGAAGAAAGUCUAGUUUUUCCCACUUUGAUAGUCUUUCCCCAUCAGUGUCCAAGCCCUACCACACCCCACUGAGGCCGUCAGACUAAGACUAAAAGCUCUUAUCCCCAACUCAGUCUUGCUUAUUUCUUCCAAUGUCCCUUGGGAUACUGCCCCCCUCCCGCCCAGUGACUUGUGCUGUUCCUGAGGGACUCUUGUGUUACCCAGAAAUGACUCUCUUCUGGAAUCAGGCUCUCUGCCUGCCCCAAGGUGGUUGGCUGUCUCUCACGACCAUCUUUCCCCUUACCUUUGACUCUGUUUAGUCCCCGCAGUUCCCGUGCUCUGCCCACUUCCCUGUCAUGGUUGCCCUUAGGAGAAAGCAUGCUGGCUGUGUCGCCCAAGCCUGAUGCUGGUUCUGGCUCUGGACUCGGAAUGCAGCCUGCUCGAAGCGCCCUGAUGCCCCUGCCCCUCCCCCACACCCCCUUUAGGUAGAACACGCGCCCCUGGGUGCAUGCACGAUGCCCACUGCCUUUACUUUGCACUGAUGUAGCCAAAAAUAAAGUAGGAAUAU